AUAUUUAUAAGGCAAAGAUAAAUUUGGAAGACUUAAACGUAACACAUUACACGGCGGCGGUGAAACAAUGUCGACGAGCAACAACCCAUCACAACUCCUUCCAUCCGAGCUGAUUGAUCGUUGUAUUGGGUCGAAGAUAUGGGUUAUAAUGAAGGGAGACAAAGAGCUUGUUGGAACACUCAAAGGAUUCGAUGUUUAUGUCAAUAUGGUUCUUGAAGAUGUCACUGAAUAUGAAAUAACAUCUGAAGGACGCCGGAUCACAAAGCUUGAUCAGAUCUUGCUAAAUGGUAACAACAUUGCCAUUUUGGUUCCUGGUGGCUCUCCCGACCCGGAAUGAGAUCCUUAGACGCCGUUUUUGAGGUGGUUUUAUAGUCUAACCUUAGAGACGAAGAGGCAAAAACACAGUCUUUUGAAAUAUGUGUAUCAAUUUAUUAUAGGCAUUAUUGGAUAAUGAAUCUGUUUUCUUUCUCAAUGUAUUUUCUUAUGAAUGUUUCCCGUUUUUAAUGAUUUUAAGAUAUUUUUGCUUAA